GACGUGCGAUCUUGCCAGACAAUAGGAGCGCAGGUUUUAAAGGCCAGACAAAAAAUGUUCAUUAUUAUUGCAGCAAAUGUAACUGUAUAAUACGAGUGUACAAAAAUAUAAUGAGAGUUCAAUAUAGAAAUAAACAAAACCGCUGAAAGUCCAAGAAAUACGCACAUUAAUACGAAUAACUAGUAAACGUAGAGUGGAAGUGAAAAAUGCAUUAAUCGUGUCCACCAAGAAAGUCGAAGAACUUUGUACAUUUACAUUUUUUUUUUGCUGAUUACAACUAAGUACAUAGUAUACAAUGUUGCUGCUUUAUGCCAAAUAUGCAUUGGUUUUUUGGUUCCUCAUUGGCAGCAAUCAGGGCGAUAAGCAGUUAACGCGUCAAUUGUCCGAGGAUGCGACGUUGCUCGGAGUGGCCGCCUGCACAAAACGCUGUUUGGAGCACGAACAUCGGAAUAUUAUAUUGUCCCCAACUCUGCCACAACAACAAAAGCCGCAACAACAACAACAACAACAACAACAAAAUGACCAUUUUGAAAACUGCCUCAAAAUUUGUGAAGACAACAACGACAUGGUCUGGGUCAAUACAACAGUUCCCUCUUCGCGAAAGAUCCAAGAAAAUUUCCAACUCCAAAUGAUAUGCCGUACCGACUCCAGUCUAAUGUUUCGCAUUGAUUGGGUGGAGUACGGCUGGAGAAAUAUCUCGGUAUUGGAGGAUCCCCAAGCAGCACUGCGGGAGAAUUCGACUGAUGCCUUGUUCAUUGUCAAAGUGAUUCCUGCAAAUAUGAAUAUUGCAGACUCUAUCAUUUAUUUGUCGGAUGACAAGUUCAUCACAGUUGGCAAUCUGACAUAUAAAACAGCCUACAAUAUUACAGUUCUGGCCGUGCACGGAAAUGGCGAGUACUCCCUCAUAGCAAAUGAGGAAACGUUUGCCACUCUGCGUCGAAGCUACCAGCCCAGUAAAAUGGGUGAAAUGAAGCUGCGUCGAUUCGUCAAACAGAGUGCCGAGGAGAAACGUAUAGCGGCAGAAAUCGAGUGGCGGCAUUCAGCAGAACAUAAUUGUUUCUUUGAUAUCAUUUGUUAUUCAACUGACAGCCAUAGCAUGAGCUUGCCCACACCAGUGGAAAUUCGCGAUCCAUAUCAGUUAUAUCUGCAUACCAUUAAGGACAUUGAGCUGGGACGACAAUACAAUGUAGGCAUGCGUACUGUGAACCCAAAGAACUCAUUAGAAAGCGAUAUGGAUUGGAUUGUGUUUCGGGCACCCUCUUGCGUGGAUUGGUUCCACUUUAAUUACACAAUAUGUCCCCCAUUGAAGCCCACCAAUUUGACUGUGUUGCAGCAUCAUUACGAGCCAGACAACCUAUCCAUGAAUAUAAGCUGGACGCUGCCCCAAUAUCUGCCUGACAACUACACCCUGUACAUACUAGACUUGCAUGAGGGCAGAAAGAGUAAAUCCUUUCAAAUUUCAAAGGAGGCGUGUUUCUAUUACAUACCACAUAUCGAAAUACUUGGCGCUACUUUUGAGGUGCACUUGGUGGCUUACACGCAAGGCGGUAGUAAUGUUACGGAUAUAUUUCUCAAUAAAGUGCCACCAACUGUGUGGCCAGAAGUCCAUUCCAUAGAUUCCGACUACAAUAAGCUGGUACUGUUCCUCAUUGUGCCCCUUUUCUGCAUCAUUGGCUUGAGCACUUUCACGAUUUGGCAGCGCAAGGCCAAGUUGCGACGUUACCGUCAACGCUGCAAGUAUUUAGAGGCCAAGGAACUGAAAUCCAAUACAAGACCAACGACUAUUCAAGCGAGCGAUUUUCAUGUGACAAUCAUGGAUAACAGCACUUGCUUAGAUGCGCCCCAAGCAGACGAUAAUCUUGAGCUAGAAGAUGAGUUGGAGAUCGAUUCGCAGGAUGUGCUGCUGCAGGAUGUUCUGGGAGAGGGUGCCUUUGGGCUGGUGCGACGAGGAAUCUUCCAAAAACGCCAAGUGGCCGUCAAGCUAUUGAAAGACAAUCCCAGCGAGGAGGAUGUGCAGGCUUUUAAAUGCGAAAUUAAAGUGCUGAGAUCGGUGGGCAAACAUCCCAAUAUUGUGAGCAUUGUGGGCUAUUCGACCAAGUGUGCGAGCCGUAUGAUGUUAUUGAUUGAGUAUUGCGGGUUGGGAAAUUUACAGAACUUUUUGCGCGAGGAGUGGAAGCUUCGCCAGGAAGGUAAUGCACGCAGAAUGCAUGAUCGACACCCAUUUGGACAGACGAGAAAGGACGAUCUUGCAGCUCAGCAGGGCACACGCAUUGAGGAAAUGAACCACUCAAUGCACCUUCACCACACAUUGGAACUAAUUGAGGAGGAAAACGAAGACCUCACAACACAUGAUGUGACGACCAUUACAAAUACUGUUGAGACCUACUCGUUGACCGUGCCGAGAAGAGCCAGCCAUGCGGCGGACAACAAGUCAUAUGGCAUGCAAGAGGUCGGGAACGGCAAGAUAGUUCCAGAACCAGAAAUAGAGAAUAUUGGCACCACUGCACCAACGAGUGCAAUGUUAAGUAGAGAGCAUGCUGAGAGGUGCAGGUGUCGGGGAUCGGGCGCUAUGCGUAAAGAGAGCAGCCAAAAGUUUCAGACAAUUACGGUUGAAAACAAGGAAUAUUUCGAUACCGAACCGGUGCAAAUGGGUAUGGGCAGGAAACGAGAACCACUUACUUAUGCAGACCUAUUGGAUAUUGCACAGCAGGUGGCCGUUGGCAUGGAAUUUCUUGCUCAGAACAAGGUCGUUCAUCGCGACUUGGCGGCUCGUAACGUACUGAUCUCAAUGGACCGAACAAUCAAAAUAGCUGAUUUUGGUCUAAGUCGCGAUGUAUACCACGAGAAUGUCUAUCGGAAAUCCAGCGGCGGUAAGUUGCCCAUCAAAUGGCUGGCAUUGGAGUCGCUCACCCAUCAGGUUUAUACCAGUCAGAGCGAUGUCUGGUCCUUUGGAGUGCUGCUCUAUGAGAUAACAACAUUAGGUGGCAUGCCCUACCCAUCGGUGGCACCCAGCGACUUGCUGCAAUUACUGCGCCAGGGACAACGCAUGAAACGACCGGAGGGGUGCCCGGAUGAAAUGUUUGCCUUAAUGGAGAGCUGCUGGUGCUCCAUACCCGCCCAACGGCCCACCUUCACAGGCAUAAAGCAUCGCCUGACUGCCAUGAUAUUGGCCACUGGAGCGGUGCCGCAACGUCAGAAACAACAGCAACAACAGGAGGCCAAUAAACAACGAACUCUACAGCAAAUCAAAAUGCAACAGCAGGCGGGCGGCGACGAGGGUCACUAUUUGCAGCCACUGGAGUAGUAAACAGAUUCUUAGAUUCCACAAUAUUAUAUAUUUUUUUUAAGAUCCAUCGUUGUGUCUAUCUGGGAAAUGAAAAUGAUUUUCUUCAUUCGUUUUUAUUUGUUUGUACAUACGAGUAUUUGUAUCUGAUUUAAGUCUUAAAUUUAUAUAUAUACCAUAUAGUAUAUGUUUGUA